AAGCGCAAGGAGCGCACUGAAGAGAGGGUGGAAAUGACGGAGAAGGCCUUGGCGAAGGCCCGAGCCGAAACGGAGGCCUCGGCAAAGAAGGCGAGGCAAGAGCCUUCCGGGGAGGUGAACAGCCCUCGCCAGGCUUCUGGGAUGACAAUACCCACAUCUCCCUCCACCCGGAGGACUUCGAGCCUGUGCGCAGCCCGAGCCAUGCACAGGGGACCUCGCAUACCGAGCAGACCUUAUCCGAGGCGCCGGUCCCCUUUACUCAAAUGUCCAAGACGGACAAGAGAGAACGGAUUGCCAGUGCCUUGGAGAUACUGGUUACCCAAACCGACCGAGAUCACAUCAACGCGGUAAAUGGGAAGAAUGAGUCGAGCGAGCUCUUUCGCUCCUGGAUGGACUUUUCCAUCCGGAUGACCAAAGUAGCCGAGGACCGGCUCACACUGGUGCAGGAGGUUCAGAGCCUGAAGGAGGCGGCUCGGAAGCACUUUGAUGAAGUAUAUCAGGCCAAGGAGGCCAAGCGUCUGGCCGAGCUCCGCUUGGAGGAGGCCAACAAAAAAAUUGAGAAGGGCGAGGCGACCUGGAAGCAAGAGAGGGAAGACUGGAAGGUCGAAAGGACCAACCUUUCUCUUGCCAAAGAAAACGCUGAGUCCGCCAAAGUUACGGCCGAGACCAAGCAAGCUUAGGCCGAGAAGGAUUUGGAAGAG